GCCGAGGAGCGAAGAGGGCGCACCGAGGCAGAGAGACGCCUCCGCGCGGAAAAGCAAGAAAUGGAAGAGGAGGAAGGCUACAAUUUCACGGCGAUCGGGACUAUCAGCACCCCGUUCAGAGAUCGAAGAGGAACGCCCAGGCAGGGGAGCAUAACGCCCCUUUCGAGGGGAAAGGCAAGUAACGCUGGACCGGGGGAUCGUGGGCUACCCCGCGCUGAUAGGAAUGACGGACUUUUCCCACAUCUGGCUCGUGUUCGUCUUCCACGACAACACCAACGCCACGGUCAACGGGGUUGCGGAGGAGAGACCGGCGGCGUCCGCAGCGGCGGCGGCGUCCGCAGCGGGGGAGGAAGGGGGGCAGGGUGAACGAAAAGGGGCACCGGCGACGGCGACGGGUUCGACGGAGGGCGUGAGGGUGAAGGGGCAGUUGGAAAGGUGGGGCGGCGGAGCCAGGGAGUACAGGCGGCCGAGGCAUAAGCUCAGGCAAACGUUCCUGACCAAAGUUUGCCCUCCUCGCCUGGGCAAGAGGAUCGGUGUCCUCGGGACGCGGAGCCCACAUCGGCCGAACCCCUUGGGCCUGACGAUGGUCAAGCUAGACGGGGUUGACCUGAAGACCAACAGCAUCACCGUCAGCGGCAUCGACCUGGUCGAUGGCACACCGAUCAUAGACAUCAAGCCGGUAGUCCCGCACGACGUCCCGCGAAACAUGCGGGUUCCCGAGUGGGUGGAGGACGACCCGUGUCUCCGGAGGGUCGUCUUCACGGAGGAAGCGUGCAAGGGGCUGUCCACGUGCGUCGGGGAGGAGGCGCGAAAGAGCAAGAGCAAGUUCUACGGAGAUAUAGAGUCUUUCAAGGCCGCCGUCAGCGAGGUGCUCGUGCAGGACGUACGCAGCGUGCACCAGGGCCGCGGCCUUGCGAGCGACGAGCUGUACGAGUGCUGCUUCGACGGGGUCAUCAUGUUUUUCGUCACUACCGAACACGAAAUGCGCGUUGUGUCGGCGGGAUGAGACCUAGGGUUUUAGGGUUGUAGGACUUGUUUGAGGUGUAUCAUCGGUGGUUCAACGCGACCUUGUCUCGUCCUUGGAUGGUCGCGCGGCGGUGCUUGCCACAUCAGCGGCCGGGCGUUGUUGCUGUGGACGGCACGGGGUGUGCGCGUCGUGUGUGAGGGUGGUACCGUAAAUGACACAAGAUAACACACCCCCUGGACCUAUUUUCAAAUCUCGAUUUCUCAAGAACAGAAAGAGUCACGACGCCGAAAAUGGCGGCGUUGGAACCGUCUCGUCGAGAGCUUUCCAAAAAUGUAUCAUUUCGUUUAUGCAUCCUCCUCGUCGUGGAGUAAUCGAGCUUUGACACUUGGUUCAGGGGGGUGUGUUAUCUUGUGUCAUAUACGGUAGUCUUGUUGGAAGGAACGCUUUGCGUUGAAUGAGCGUGUAAUAAUAUGAUUUUCGACUUGUUUUGCGUUGUAGCAAUGUCCCACACGGACGACGUCCCUUCUCUUAUGUUGCUCUUUGUUCUGAUGCCUGUUUUCUUCUUCUUCGGACCUUCGUCCCAAGAUGCUGGGCUGGUGACGGCUUCGGCGGGCUAUCUACCACAGGUGUUCAA